AUGACCGUCUGCAACAACCUGAUGACGGCCACAGUUCAGCUGAUGAAUCGGCAGUUCCCCUUGUCCCUCGCUAAUCCCCAGGCCUCUCUCUGCUCCGAGCCAGACGAUAAAUGCUGCAGAGUGAGUUGUAGCGCACACUCCGGGGGAGAGAGCUGGUAUCAGGAUUCACGUCUGACAUCAGGUCCUUCAGUGACCAUGGUCGAUACCGAGACCAAACCCGAUGGCAAACAGGAAGUCCCCGCGGGACAACCUGAGGCUUUCGUCUACAAGAUGUUGAUCUACGAACGGGAGAAUUUUCAGGGCCGCUGCCUCUCUGUGUCCAGCGAGUGCAGGAAUGUUUGUGACCUGGGCUUUGAGAGGAUCCGAUCGGCGCGUGUGGACUGUGGACCGUGGGUGAUCUUCGACAAGUCCAACUUUGAAGGUGAGAUGUUUGUCCUGGAAAAGGGAGAGUUUCCUUGCUGGGACGCCUGGUCCAACAGUUUCCGGAACGACUACGCCCUCUCCUUCAGACCUGUCUGCAUGGAUUCCCGGGAGCAGAAGAUCUGCCUGUUUGAGAUGGCUGGGUUCAAGGGCCGGAAGAUGGAGGUCUCUGAUGAUGAUGUUCCAAGCCUCUUCUCCCACGGAUUCAGUAACAGGGUGGGAAGUGUUCAGGUGACCGGAGGCAGCUGGGUCGGAUAUGAAUUCCCAGGAUAUCGGGGUUACCAGUUUCUCCUGGAGAAGGGCGAGUUCGGACACUGGAACCAGUGGGGGGCUCGACAGCCCCAGAUCCAGUCCGUCCGUCGCAUCCGUGACCAGAACUGGCACCCCCAUGGCUGCUUCACCCCAUCCGAGGGGCAGCGUCUGUAUGAAGCUGUGCUCAGUCUGUUGAUGAAGAGCGAAGCUCCGCCGAGGUGUUGUCCUCCUGGGGAGGAAGGUGAUGGGGUAUCUGGCAACGACUGGGAGACGGCGAAUGGUUCAG